CCCCGCCGCCUCCUUUGUUCGGGCGGAGGGGGCGUGGCCGGGCGCCCAUUGGCAGGGCGGUGCCGCGAGGCAGCUGGACGGGCGGCGGCGGCGGCGAUGGGCGCGGCAGCGGGGGGCCGGGCGCUGGGUGCGCGGCGGCGGCUGCCGGCGGAGAGGCUUGCGGGGGCGAUGGGAUGCAGCUCCCGGGACGCCGCCGCAGGCCGGCGGGGGAAAGGGCCGCGGCCGGCCCCCCGGGGCCCGUAAAGGAGCGACUUCCCAGGGCGGGGCCGGCGAGCAUUGAGGGGGCCGCUGCUUCCUCGGCGGCGGCGGCGGCCGCCUGAUCGCGGGCCUCUCUCGCAGCGGCGGCAGCAGCUCCAUGGAUAUUGACCUGGACUACGAGCGUCCCAACGUCGAGACCAUCAAGUGCGUGGUGGUGGGCGACAACGCGGUGGGCAAGACGCGGCUCAUCUGCGCGCGGGCCUGCAACGCCACGCUCACCCAGUACCAGCUGCUGGCCACCCACGUGCCCACCGUCUGGGCCAUCGACCAGUACCGCGUCUGCCAGGAGGUGCUGGAGCGCUCCCGCGACGUGGUGGACGAGGUCAGCAUUUCCCUGCGCCUGUGGGACACCUUCGGGGAUCACCACAAAGACCGGCGCUUCGCCUACGGCAGAUCCGAUGUGGUGGUGCUCUGCUUCUCCUUGGCCAACCCCAACUCCCUGCGGCACGUGAAGACCAUGUGGUACCCAGAAAUCAAGCACUUCUGCCCGCGUACUCCCAUCGUGCUGGUGGGCUGCCAGCUGGACCUGCGCUAUGCAGACCUUGAGGCAGUGAACCGGGCGCGUCGUCCCUUGGCCAAGCCCAUCAAACCAUCGGACAUUCUGCCCCCCGAGUGCGGGCACGAGGUAGCCAAGGAGCUGGGCAUCCCGUAUUACGAGACAAGCGUGGUGGCUCAGUUUGGCAUCAAGGAUGUCUUUGACAAUGCAAUUCGGGCCGCCCUCAUCUCCCGUCGCCACCUCCAGUUCUGGAAAUCUCACCUCAAGAAGACGCAGCGGCCUCUGCUGCAAGCCCCCUUCUUGCCCCCCAAGCCCCCCCCGCCCAUCAUUCACAUCCCUGAGCCAGCCACCGGAGAAGGCCGUGGGCCCAGUGCGCUUUUCCACGAGCCGCUUUGCGCUGAUGUUGUUUUCCGCCUGCCAGGAGGCCACCAGCUCUUUGCCCACAGGGUCUACCUGGCCACAUCCUGCUCCCGGUUCUAUGACCUCUUCGCGCUGGACUUGGGGGGCGAGCUGGCCAGCGGGAAGGAGCCGGCCAGCCGGACGAAGAGCUUGGAUGCGGCUGACCGGGGACGCCUGGCCGUGGCUGUGCAGGUUGUGCCGCUGCGGCCCUCACAGAGCGAUGAGCCACUGUGCCCCGCCCAGAGACCCUGCCCGGUCUCUGGCUGGGGCCGGGGCUUUGCCGACGUGCGGCAGGAGGUGGUGCGGGACCCAGUCAGCCAGCAGGAGAAGCCGAUGACGGCCGUGUACCUGGACGAGCUGGUGCAGCUGGGCCCUUUCAAGGUGGUGCUGGAAUACCUGUACACUGGGAGCCUAGGACAACACCAGGCUGGCCUCAUGCAGGUGGCCGCCAUUGCCGAGCUGCUGGAGGUGUUUGACUUGCGCAUGAUGGUGGCCAACGUCCUCAACAAGGAGAGCUUCAUGAACCACGAGAUUACCAAGGCCUUCCAUGUGCGCCGGGCCAACCGGAUCAAGGAGUGCCUCAGCAAAGGCUCCUUUGCAGAUGUGGUGUUCGUAGUGGACGACGGCUCAGUGCCGGCACACAAGCCCCUCCUGCUUGCAGGCUGCGACUUCAUGGUGGCCAUGUUUGGGGGCACCUUCCGGGAGAGCUGUGCGGCUGAGGUCUCCCUGCCAGGCACCAACUGCGCCUGCCUUCGGGCUGUGCUGGAGUUCCUGUACACGGACCUCUUUGUCCCCAGCCCAGACCUGGACGCCAUGGAGCUGCUGGUACUCACCAACCGCCUCUGUCUGACCCGCCUGCAGGCCCUGACUGAGCAGCAUGCGGUGGAUGAGCUGGUGCAUGCCAGCCUGCAGCAGGUGGAAAUCGAUGCCCAGGUGAUCCUCUACCUGGAAAUGACGCAGUUCCACAAUGCGCUUCAGCUGGCCGCCUGGUGCCUUCACUAUAUCUGCACCAACUACAACAGCGUCUGCCGCCGGUUUCCCCGUGAGAUGAAGGCCAUGUCUCCCGAGAACAAGGCCCACUUUGAGGGCCACCGCUGGCCGCCAGUCUGGUACCUGAAGGAGGAGGACCGCUACCUGCGCAUGCAGAAGGAGCGGGCACAAGAGGAGGAGGCCCUCCGCAAGCAGCACCCGCGCAGCAAGUGGUGCUUCUGGCGCCAUCAGGCCAGCCACAUCUCCUGAGCUGACAGUUGCGCCCUGCCCGCCAGGAGGGAGGGGGCCACCCUGCUGGUGCCUUUGCUGGGGAGUGGGUGCCUCUGCCUUGUUUACAGGCUGCCUUCCCACCCCCAGCUCUGUGCCUCUUGCCAUUGCUGCCAUGCCUUUACCUGGGGGGCAGGGGGCCAAGCCAGCGCACUCUCAGUUGCUACCUCAGACCUUGGCAGUAUUCUGGGGAGGGGGGAGGGGGGAGAGGUGGCUGCGCAGGUGACCGAGGAAAAGGAGGGGGGGUUGUAGUGUGACUAUGUGCCGUGGAAGGGGACCGGUGGGAGGACUUCAGGAGGUGGGGUGGGUGCAUGAGGGGAGAGCCACAGGCCCUGCUGGGGGGCAACUAGCUGCAGAAAGGGCUUCCUCUUCCAUGCCUGUGUGAGGGGGCAGCGUGGAGAGGCUUUGCGGCUGUGCCUUGGACACAAGACAAGCCUCUCCCAGAAUCAGCCCUUUCUUGGGGUGGCGUAAAGGGGCAGGAGGCACCUACUCUUCCCUCUUGCCCCCGCCUGCCUGGUGCAUUAAGGGAAAUGUAUUUUAGCAAAAGGAGGGGCCCCUGCUAAACUGCAGUUUUUAAACCCUUUUUCACUUUUUUCUACCUGUUCCAUUCUAUCUCAAGACCUCAGCCAAGCACAAACAGACCCGAGGGUGGGCCAGCGUGACCUUCCCCGGACCGAAGGGCUGUGAUGUCUGCAGGUCCUUUGUGGCCUGCGUGCAUCUGCAUAACCACUGUGAGCUGGGCUAGCCCCCGUUUCUUACACACUUCAGUAUUGGAUUGUUUGGAACCUUUAAUAAAGAGCCUUUUGUAUUGUG